UUGUGUUGGCACAUAUACUCACACAAACACACAUUUCGGGCCAAGUUUUCAUUUAGUAAACAAAAAUGGAUUUUAUUGACGAUUUCAUAGAAGAAUAUAAAGUCAAUCCGUGCCUAUGGAAGGCCGAUUCCGUGGACUUUAGAAACAGGAGCAAGCGGCAGGAGGCCUACAUGAAGCUAAUAGAAGUGGCCACCAAGCAUGGGGAGAUGUACAAUGUGGAAAGAACAAAGCAAAAGAUAAACAAUCUGCGGUGCGCAUUUCGUCACCAAUUAAGAAAAUGUAAUGAAAUUAAGAAAAAAGGCGAGAAGUUCGAGCCCUACUGUCCCAAGCGGCGAUAUUUCGAGUCGCUCAUGUUCCUGAAGGACGAAGAAAUUCCUGAUAAAAAGGCAAAGCGUCACGAUAACCACCCCCCGCUGCAGCAGCAAUACUCCGAGAGUGCUGUAACUCUAAUCCCGGCUGAGAACUGUGAAGAACUCUCCGAUGCCGAGAGUCUCACAAAGCCACACAAGGCGGAUAAUCAAAAGUUGUCGCCCAAAAACUGUCCAACCGAAUAUUUAUUCGAGGACGCAUCUGCUGCUUGCGCUCCUGACCCCAUUAUCAGUAUUCAAACAGUCAACGCCAACAACAACAACAACAACAAUCAUCAUGGUUCAGGAGCCACCAUCAAGGAGGUGGAAAUCGUCAUGACCGCGGCCGACAGCAGAGUUAUUUCGGAACGAAGAAAAUCCCUACCCGAUAUACCGAAACAAAUAGGAAAUGACUCCGAGCAGGUCAGGCCAGUGGUGGCCGCCAGCCAACAGAAACAUAACCAGAACCAGAACAAAAUCAACCGAAAGCGCUCGUCUUCGCUAUCCUCGCAGCAAUCCGAAGAUAAUGAAGCAGUUCCCGCUGCCAAGUUCCGAGCGGAUAUCUCUACAAUCGAUUUUGAGCGAUUGUUUUCGCUGGCACUGAAGAGUGCCGACCACCAGCUCGACGACCACUUCUCGAGUUUCGGGAAAAUCAUUGCCCACAAGCUGCGUUCCAUGGAUGCCACCCAAGCUAUAUAUGCGGAGAAAAUAAUCGCCGAUGUCCUCUAUCAGGGGCAGUUGAAAAUGCUCUCCACAUUGAGCACACACCAGUUCGCGGGCGUAGAUAAUGCAACAGUUUAUGUUGAUAGUCACAGUAAAUAAUUAAUUGUCUGUAAAUGCAAAUACAUAUGUAGAUUUUAUAUAAUA